AUGUGUUUCUCUUUUCACUUCUAUCUCUCUAUUUUAGUUUUUUUCAUUUCAACUCUUUAUCUAUGUAUCUUACUCUUUUCACUUUUAUCUGUCUGUCUUUUUAUUUUCUUCUAUCUAUCUAUCUAUCUAUCUAUCUAUCUCAGCCUGUUCAAAUCUUUUUCAUCUAUCUAUCUAUCUACCUAUAUCAUCUAUCUAUCUAUCUAUCUAUCUAAGUUUUUAUUGCAUGAAACGCAUCAUGGAUAUCUUAUUAUUUUCAUCCCUAUAUAUUAUUUUAACUUAAUUUUUUUUUUCAUUUUUUUAACAAUCUUUUUUUAUCUUCUUAUUCUUUUUUCACAUAAUCUAUCUAUUUCUAUCUAUCUUCUUCUGAUUCUUUUCUAUCUCCAGUCCAAUUCAUCUAUCUAUCUAUCUAUCUAUCUAUCUUUUUAUCUAUCUAUCUAUCUAUCUAUCUAUCUCAGUCCGUUUUCAUAUCAAUCUAUCUAUCUAUCUAUCUAUCUAUCUAUCUAUCUAUCAUAUCCAAAUCUAUCUAUCUAUCUUCUAUCUAUCUAUCUAUUUAUCUCAUCUAACCGUUUUCAUUUUAUCUAUCUAUCUAUCUAUCUAUCUAUCUAUCUAUCUAUCUAUCUAUCAUCACAUUCUGUUCAAUAUCUAUCUAUCUAUCUAUCUAUCUCAGUCCGUUUUCAUAUCUAUCUAUCUAUCUAUCUAUUUAUCUAUCUAUCUAUCUAUUUAUUUAUCUAUCUCAGUCCGUUUUCUAUUUUAAAAUUUAUAUCUUUCUAUUUAUCUAUAUAUCUAUCUAUCUAUCUAUCUCAGUCCGUUUUCAUCUAUCUAUCUAUAUAUCUAACUAUCUAUCUAUCUAUCUAUCUAUCUAUCUAUUUAUCUAUCUAUCUAUCUAUCUAUCUAUCUAUCUAUCUAUCUAUCUAUCUAUCGAUCAUUCUACCAAUCUGUAGUAUGUCCUCUUAUUAUCGUCUGCUUUUUCGCAUUUUCUUUGUAUCUAUUGCCUUCAAUUUUGUCUUCAUUUCGCUUCAUCCUGAGCGCGUCUAUUUUGAAGAACCUUCCCCCCCCCACCACCACACACCCUGUCCGACAGCUUCCCCGCUUACCUUUGCUUCCCUAUCUACUCAUCGUUUUGUAAUCAACAUGAGACAGCCCUGCUAA